CAUCUUUGUGUUACUCUUCUUCCUCCAGAAUGAAUCUCCUGUCGUCUCUGGUUCUGUUCGGAUCUCUGGCUCUGACUCUGGGGUGCAGUCGUCCUGAUCCAGGAGCCACAAAUAUAGCAAGAAAUGGAGAAGCCUCCCAGGAUUCCAAUUUGUCAGAAGACACAAUCGCUUCAAAGGCCAUAGAUGGUAACACAAACCCAUAUUUCGCAUCACAGUCAUGCAGUAUGACCUCUGGAUUGUACGAUCCCUGGUGGAAGGUGGACCUGAAACAGACCUACAAGAUAUCACAUGUCGUCCUAACAAACCGGGGGGGCUGCUGUCAGGAUUGGCUGCUGGGAGCCGAGGUCAGAAUCGGGAACAACCCUGACAACAACAACCCAGUGUGUGGCACGGUCACCAGUAAUGAAUCUGUAACCUUGCCCUUCUGCUGUAAUGGGAUGGAAGGUCAUUUCGUCAGUGUGAUCAUCCCAGAUCGCUACAAAUUCCUGAGCCUUUGUGAGGUUGAGGUUUAUGGAGAGCCAGUCACUGCUGCUCCCCCGAUGAAUAAAGUCUGCUGGUAG